AUGUCAUUAAUCUGUGUCAUCUUGCUCCCUAUAGUUGGGAAUGCGGCUGAGCAUGCAGGUGCCAUUAUGUUCGCCAUGAAAGACAAGCUGGAAGGGACAUCGAGUUACUUCAGAGGAUUGAUGCUGAUUCUUUGUUAUUUAGUACUAGCUGCCAGUUUCUUUGUACACGAAGAUCCUCAUGAAGCUGCUCGAUUUGAACCAAACUCGGAGAAUAAUGAAGAAUAUCUGCCCGAAAUCCAUCCUGUCUCGCUGGUCCCAAAUCCAACUUGUGUGGCUUCAUUGUCCUCCCCAACAAUGUAUAUCAUGUCUCUGCCCUUGGCCGCGAUUCAAAGUCAAGCCAAUUCAGAGCAAGCAUGA